AAGUGGGUACGUCAGCGAGAGGAAGAAAUAUACUGGACUGGGUAUCGGACAAUCAACAAAAGAUAGGCAGCCAAUCGCCGUCGGCUCGGCUGUUGUUUCGGCUACUUUUACUGCCACGUAGCACCGCGUUUUUCUCUCUCUCCGGCGUUUACCAGUCCAAUUCAGUCCAUCUUUCAACCCUUUUCUUCUUCUUCUUCUUCUCAUUUCUCUCUCUCUAUCCCCUCUUUUUCCCAGCUUCCCUUCCUCAAACUUGGAGGCUAAUUCCAUUUCCAACGAUUCAGAGUUUUCUUUUUCCCUUUUGAAUUUGUUAAUUUCGUUUGUGGAGUGGUGAUUUCAUCUGGGGAUUCGUCUUCUUGCCGUUGCUGGUGGGACAGUGUUUAAUGGGCUUGAGUUUCGAUGCAUCGCCUGCCUCAGUUUUUCUCUCCUAGGAAGAAAGGAAAACCCAUGGAUCCGAGGAAAAUCGCAGGGAAACCCAAGCUUGGUCGACUUAAUGCGGCUAAGAACAUUGACUAUGAUGCUGCUUCCUCGUCUUCUUCGCUUGAUGAUUCUUCUGGGUCUCUCUAUACUCGCUCCAUGGAGACCCCCGAUCCCUCUAGUUUUCGGAUUAAAGGGCUUGACGGUGAAGUUGAUCUCAUAUGUCGGACUUUAGGGUUAGAUGGCCCUGAUGACUUUGCUAUUCCCAUGGAGGCUUGGGAGGCUAGAAAGGUUCGUUCAUCUUCCGAGCUUCUACCGAGGUCGAGGAUGUAUCCUAUGGACAGUUCCCCGAAGACCGAGGAAAUUAAUAAGGAUAAGGAAGAUAAAGAAAUUCAAGAUGAAUUGUGUCGGAGGGUUAAGGAUUCAGUUCGAAUUAGCGUCGAGCUGUCCACGCCUAAGACCGAAUUUGCAGAGUUGAAUGAACGCCGGAUGGCUACUGCUACUGGAUGUAGUUCGAGAAGUGGAAUCAAUGGUGCUCGACCUCCUUUACUCAAGCCGCCGCCGUCCAUGCGGCUUCCUAAUUUAGAUAAUACUUGCUCCACUUGGGACAUUUUGAAAAGUUUUGCUCCAUUAGUUGAUGAUGAACAUCAGGAGGAAGUAGGAGAACGAGUGGAACCUUUAGUUGAUCGAGAAGGAGAAGGAAAUAUUGUAAGGCCCGUGGAGAAUGCAUUGCUCAUUGGGUCUUGGGGUUCCUUCACGACCUCGAAUGACGAUGAUUCUUCGAGCAGUACUACGGAGCCUGCAAAUAUUUCACCCAAUAUGAGAGGUAAUCCCAUUAUCACAUCCUGGGUGGUAGGCAGGCUUCUUGGGCGCGGUUCAUUUGGAUCAGUAUACGAAGCAAUUUCACAGGAUGGGACAUUUUUUGCAUUGAAAGAAGUUUCACUGCUCGAUGAAGAUAGUCAGGGAAGACAAAGUAUCUAUCAACUUCAGCAGGAGAUUGCACUUCUAAGUGAGUUUGAGCAUGAGAACAUAGUUCAGUACUAUGGCACACAUUCGGAUGGGUCAAAACUCUAUAUCUUCCUCGAGCUUGUAUCUCAAGGCUCCCUUAUGAGUCUAUAUCAGAGGACAAGCCUUAUGGACUCCAUUGUUUCUGCUUACACAAGGCAGAUUCUGUCUGGUUUAAAGUAUCUUCAUGAGCGAAAUGUGGUUCACAGGGAUAUCAAAUGCGCUAAUAUAUUGGUGGACGUGAAUGGAUCUGUGAAGCUUGCAGAUUUUGGUUUGGCGAAGGCAACAAAAUUGAACGAUGUUAAAUCUUGUAAGGGAACUGCGUAUUGGAUGGCACCUGAGGUGGUUAAUGGGAAGGGUCAAGGAUAUGGUCUUCCGGCAGAUAUCUGGAGCCUUGGGUGCACAGUAUUGGAAAUGUUAACUCGAAAGCUUCCAUAUUCAGAACUCGAAUCUCAUAUGCAGGCAUUAUUUAGGAUCGGAAAAGGCAAAGCGCCUGCAGUUCCCGAGUCUCUUCCAAAAGAUGCACAGGAUUUCAUUCUGCAGUGCCUACAAGUUAAUCCAAAGGACCGUCCUACUGCUGCCGAUCUUUUAAAUCACUCGUUUGUUAAAAGACCAGUUUCCAGUUUAUCAGGGUCGGCAUCUCCUUACAACAGGCCAGGCAGAAGGAUCUAAACUGUCAAGAGUUGAAUUUACAAGAUUCUGUUGCUGAAAAUAGCCAUAUAUGUUCAUGUCUCCUUUAGUUGAAUGGCUUGCUGAGGAAUCAGGAUCCGGUUCUGGUUCUUUGCACAAUCUCGGCAGUAAAAGCUCGACUCGAGACAUUUUUUCUGUAAUUAUUGGAAUUCAAGAGUAGAUCUUGAUCUAUGCUACAAAGGAGGGGAGCUAGUUUAUCUGCCAUUGAUGCAAGAACAGUAAAAUGGAAGUGCUUCUAGUUAUUGUUAGUUAGUUUCCUCGUUAAGAACAGAGAACAAGAAGAAUGUAAUUUUGAUGAUUCAGCUUAUGAUUGUUUAUUUAUGUGGUUUCGUUAAUUUGCUUAGCUACUUGCCUGAUUUAGGCUAAGGUGUGUUGUAACUGUACAAAAGAAGGAACAUUUACACUACUUGUAAAAAUUAUAAUAUAUAUAUAUAUAUAUAUAUAUAUAUAAGGCAGUUCUUUUC